CCAACUUCCAACGAAUUAUUGCAGUUAGCUUGGCUUGGCAUUGUUCAAUUUGUGACAUUGUUGAAAAUGCCAAGUCUGGGAUGGUUCGUGCUGCUAUCGGUGGUCGCUGACGCAGCCCAGCCGUGGUGGUCCAUGUUGGAAUUGAUUGAAUCCUCCGACGCUUCAGCCGAAGCCGACUCUCCCCCGUCUCGCUGCUGCUUCAACGACGGUGACCUCAUCAGUCUCCGUGCCGACACCGACUUGUUCAUGGGGCGCUGCGACGGGUGCGUGCCGGGAGGGGCGUACCAGGACUCGGCUUUCGUGCACGUGUCCGAUCCGAAGGACGCUCCGUGGGCCCAAUGGAAGGUUUUCAAUACGUUGGACGGAAAGCUCGUGCUCCAGGCGGACACUGGCAAGUUCUUGGGCAGGUGCAACAACUGUGCACCCGGUGCAGCAUACCCUGACGAAGCCUUCGUUCAUGUGGAAGACUGGCACACGUCGCCGUGGGCCCAGUGGGUGUGUGUGGAUGCUGGUAACGGCAAAAUUGCACUGCAAGCCGACAGCGGACGCUACUUGGCCAGGUGCAACAGCUGCCUUCCUGGAGCUUACCCAAACGCCGCGUUUGUGCACGCCACUUCCGUCUCGGAGGCGUAUGCCCAAUGGACAGUCGUGUCCAAAAAUCCAUCUGUCGGGCUGUGUGCCCCUAACGCAAUCACUCCCCCUCCUACCACCACUUGCAUUCCAACAUCAGCCCCUGCCCCCAUCACUACGGCCCCUACAACUAAACCCGUGACAACAGCCCCCCCUACGACCGCACCGCCAGUCACAACUACCCCUGCGCCCACUGCACCCAUCACUACAACCCCAAAGCCCACCACUACGACCCCAAAGCCCACCACUACUGCCCCCGUAACUGCUGCGCCGACUACGACCACCCCUACACCCACCACUACGACCCCAAAGCCCACCACUACAACCCCAAAGCCCACCACUACUGCCCCCGUAACUGCUGCGCCGACUACGACCACCCCUGCACCCACCCCAGUGCCAAAGCCUUGUCCUGCUCGAGUCCGGAAAGCAUGGACGGCGCACACCGACGCCGAGAAGGCUUUGUUUCAAAACGCACUCGAACAAGCCAUGGUGCGUGGAUUCCAUCACAAAUUCAUUGAAGUCCACUUGGAAUCGAAGUCGGAACAUGAAGCCCACGACUGCCUCUUCUUCCUCUGGCAUCGGCGGUACUUGCUGGCGUACGAGACCAUGUUGCGGUCGUUGGGGGAUCAGUAUCGGUGCAUCACGCUGCCGUUCUGGGACUUCAGCACCCUCAGUGCCAAAUACGCCACCGGAUCCUGUUCCACCUUCCCCGAGUGUAAUCCGCUUUUGUCAGACAUGGGCGCGUUGGAAACCGUUGGUUACGACUUGGGGGCCGGAACGUAUACAGUCUCCGGAGCGGGUUGUCAAGCCGACACGUGCGUCAAGUCGGCGCACCCCGUCACGCGCAACUUUUGCCAGUCCCAGGACGCUUUCUCCACCAAGCGAUGUUAUCAAUGCAUCCCUCGCAACAAGUGGUCCCUCACCGCGCCACCGUCGGACACGUACAUUUCCAACGUGUACAACCAGUUGUUCAGCUCCAAGCCGUACGACUUUACCAAAGUGACGAAAGGCGUCCAGUACCGAUACCACAAUGGGAUCCACGGGGCGCUGGCGUCUACCAUGGGGACGUUUGCAUCGCCAGGGGACCCCAUCUUUUACGUCCACCACGCGACGGUGGAUGCGCUGUAUGCGAUAUACUACCAAUGCGUCGUUCCCCCUUUGAAUGUUGACCUAAAGCACUCGACCGUGUGGCCGAAUCGGGCGGACUGGGGUGCGUCGUGCAGCAAGGUCCGCAACGGUGUCACAGGCGCGUACGAGCCGACGGACCAUUUGACGAUGAACUUGAUUGGGGCAAAUGGCAAGUACGUGGACGUCCAGGACCCGUCGAGUGUGCUCAAGCCGUUCUUCGACGCCGUGGGGCUGCAAACAUUCGCCGACUUGUACGAUAUCCGGGCGUUGGGCGAGAUGUCGUACUCGUACGACUUCGGACUGAGCAGUCUGGGAGGGUUGGCCCAGCAAUGCGACAAGUACGGUAGCCCCACCACGGUUCGCGUGGGUUUAGAAGAGGCCACGACUGAUGAGGUCGUGUCCAAGGAAGAUCAGUUCAUGCGUGAAAUGUACCUGUACUGCCAGGCCCAGAACGUGCCGCAAGACCAAAUCAUGGAGCGCAUCAACUGGAUGCAGUGCGUCUUCCACAACGAGUGCAAGCAAGGCGUGUUCGAUUACUCCGACGCGUUCCGAACGUCGUUCGACGUCCACGGGUCCCCCUACUGCUACGUCACGAUCUCGCAACUGGCCAACAGAACCCUCAGCAUCAACGUCCCUGGCUGGGAACAAGUGUAUGCUCGCCACUACUCGUGCGCGUCCACCGUCAUGUAGAUAUAUGACCGUCAUGUAGAUAUAUGACCUCAAACCAACAUGAAUAUGCAUAUAAUACUUCGAGUGUCUCGCA